GUACGCGGAACAGGGAGUGAGGUAAAUGACGUCAUCGCGAGGAGAGCCUGCGCAGAGAGUGGGGAGAGCGAUGAUGAUGAUGAGGAGCAGCUCCAUGGAGGAGGAUGAGGAGGAGAGGGAGCGACUGGGAGAGGCAAUCUACAGCGUGGUGGAGAGAAGUUAUCCAGAGAUGGCGGACAGGAUCACAGGCUCCCUGAUGGAGCUCUCCGUCACGGAGCUUUCGUCGCUGCUACGGUGCCCGGAGACUCUGCGAGCGAGGGUGGAGCGAGCGGCAGCGGCCAUUGACGAGUUCUGGAGAGAGAGAGACAGGCUUGGAGAGCUUCUCUAUCCCCGAGUUGAGAAACUAUGCCCGGACAACUGCUCCCGCAUCACCGGUGACUCUCGCGGAAUGCUCCUGGAGCUGGACAUGGAUACUCUGAAACUCCUGGCCGGCGGUGAUGGUGGUGAUGGUGAUCAUAGCCAUCACGUACUCAAGGCUAUGGUCUCUAAGGCUCAAGAGGCUCUCAAGCAACAUCAGCAGCAGCUGCAGCAGCAGCAGCAGGAUGAUGGUGAUGGUGGUGAUGGUGGUGAUGGUGAUGGUGGUGAUUGUGGUGGUGGUGAUGGCGGUGAUGAUGAUGAGCUGGGCGAGCAACUCUACAGAUACCUCGUGGCGUCCGGGAGAGCAAAGACUGCCGAUGUCAUCACAGGAAUGCUGCUGGAAAUCCCCCACGAUGCACUGCGGCAGCUCCUCCGGUCUCCACAGCAACUGGACGAGAAGAUCUCAUUGGCCGACGAGGCUCUCAGAGCCAGCCAAUAGGAACGCGGGAUGCUGUGAUGGUGGUGGUGGUGA